AUAAAUGACCUAAACCAGGUGCCUGUUCCUGUCAUGCUGCUGCCUGAUGACUUCAAAGCCAACACUAAGAUCAAAGUCAACAACCACCUCUUCAACAAGUAAUGCGUUUGCUCACUCUUGUCAAUACUUACUCUAAAUAUACAUAAGACAAUUAGCCUAUCUACCAGUAGGUCUAUGUCACUACUCUGUUUAAAAUGAGUUACAUAUUCUCGUCUCUCACCUAUGCCAAAAGGAAUGAGUUAUGAGAAAUUCAUUUUCUCUGUGUUAAACCGAGACUUGAACAGAAGUAUGGAGAGAGGGCGAGUAAACACUGCAAAUGUGUGACUUCCUCCCCCUUUUUUUCGCAGAGAGAAUCUACCAGGACAUUUCAAGUUUAAAGAAUACUGUCCUCAGGUGUUCCGGAAUCUUAGGGAGCGCUUCGGAAUUGAGGAUCUCGACUACCAGGUAUGAGUGUUGAUAUACACUGAGUAUACAAAACAUUAAGAACACCUGCUCUUUCCAUGAGAGAUUGACCAGGUGAAUCCAGGUGAAAGCUUUGAUCCCUUAUUGAUGUCACUUGUUAAAUCCACUUCAAUCAGUGUAGAUGAAGGGGAGGAGACAGGUUAAAGAAGGAUUUUAAAACCUCGAGACAACUGAGACAUGGAUUGUGUGUGUGCCAUUCAGGGGGUGAUUGGGCAAGACAAAAUAUUUGUGCCUUUGAACUGGGUAUGGUAGUAGGUGCCAGGCGCACAGGGUUGUGUCAAGAACUGCAAUACUGCUGGGUUUUUCACGCUCAAUAGUUUCCCGUGUGUAUGAAGAAUGGUCCACCACCCAAAGGACAUCCAGACAACUUUACACAACUGUGGGAAGCAUUGGAUUCAACAUGGGCCAGCAUCCCUGUGGAACGCUUUCGACACCUUGUAGAGUCCAUGCCCCGACGAAUUGAGGCUGUUCUGAGCGCAAAGGGGGGGAUGCAACUCAAGAAGGAAGGUGUUUCUAAUGUUUGGUAUACUCAUUGUAUAUAUAGGGUACCAGUCAAAAGUUUGGACACCCAACUCAUUCAAGUUUUUAUUUAUUUUAUUUUUAAAACUAUUUUCUACAUUGUAGAAUAAUAGUGAAAACAUCAACUAUGAAAUAACACAUAUGGAGUCAUGUAGUAACCAAAAAAGUGUUAAACAAUUCGAAAUAUAUUUUAUAUUUGAGAUUCUUCAAAGUAGCCACGCUUUGCCUUGAAUUCUAAAUAAACCACAGACAGUUUCACCAGCGAAGCAUCAUCACACCUCCUCCUCAAUGCUUCACAGUGGGAACAUACACAUGCAGAGAUCAUCCAUUCACCUACUCUGCGUCUCACAAAGACAUGGCGGUUGGAACCAAAAAUCUCACAUUUGGACUCAUCAGACCAAAGGACAGAUUUCCACCAGUCUAAUGUCCAUUGCUCGUGUUUCUUGGCCCAAGCAAGUCUCUUCUUCUUAUUGGUGUCCUUUAGUAGUGGUUUCCUUGCAGCAAUUCGACCAUGAAGGCCUGAUUUACACAGUCUCCUCUGAACAGUUGAUGUUGAUGUGUCAGUUACUUGAACUCUGAAGCAUUUAUUUGGGCUGCAAUUUCUGAGGCUGGUAACUCUAAUGAACUUAUCCUCUUCAGCAGAGGUAACUCUGGGUCUUCCUUUCAUGUGGCGGUCCUCAUGAGAGCCAGUUUCAUCAUAGCGCAUGAUGGUUUUUGCGACUGCACUUGAAACUUUCAAAGUUCUUGAAAUGUUCCGGAUUGACUGACCUUCAUGUCUUAAAGUAAUGAUGGACUGUCUUUUCUCUUUGCUUAUUUGAGCUGUUCUUGCCAUAAUAUGGACUUGGUCUACCAAAUAGGGUUAUCUUCUGUAUACCACCUCUACCUUGUCACAACACAACUGAUAGGCUCAAACGCAUUAAGAAGGAAAUAAAUUCCACAAAUUAACUUUUAACAAGGCACACCUGUUAAUUGAAAUGCAUUCCAGGUGACUACCUCAUGAAGCUGGUUGAGAGAAUUCCAAGAGUGUGCCAAGCUGUCAUCAAGGCAAAGGGUGGCUACUAUUUUGAUUUGUUUAACACCUUUUUUGGUUACUUAUUGAUUCCAUUUGUGUUAUUUCAAAGUGUUGAUGUCUUCACUAUUAUUCUACAAUGUAGAAAAUAGUAAAAUAAAGAAAAACCCUGGAAUGAGUAGGUGUGUCCAAACUUUUGACUGGUACUGUAUAUUUGAUACAUCUUGACACGGUGCAUUAUUCAAAAGGAAUAUUCCUUCAUCCACUCCCUAUGUGGCAUGUAUGAUGGAUGCCAGUAUUCCAUCCAGAGCCGAAUGAGUACUAAAACAAUAGGUUAAAUAUUAAGAUUGUCAUCAUCAUACAGUUGAUUUUCAUCAACAGAAGAAAACGGGCUGAAAUGGGGAGGGACUUCCUGAACUCUUCCAAUCAAUCAAUCAAUCAAUCAGAUGUAUUUAUUAAGCCCUUUUUACAUCAGCAGUUGUCACAAAGUGCUUAUACAGAAACUGAACCUAAAACCCCAAAGGGCAAGCAAUGCAGAUGUAGAAGCACAAAAUAAACGGUGUGCACUAAUGAAUACGACCCCGUUUUUUUCUCAUCCCUGUAGGUGUCAUUGACCCGUAGCCCUCCUGUAAGAGGUGGGGAUGCCCAGGGGGAGGGGAUCCUCCUGACCUCCUAUGACCGCACGCUGGUCAUCAAGCAGAUCUCUAGUGAGGACGUGGCAGACAUGCACGGCAUCCUGUCUGAAUACCACCAGGUAAUGUAAUAACACCCGGGCUGUGGACAGCUGAAUUAACUUCAGUUCAAAGCCCAUGGAUGCGUCCCAAAUGGCAUCAUAUCUCCUUUUAAAGUGCACUACUUUUGACCAGAGUCCUAUGGGUCCUGGUCAAAAUUAGUGCAAUACAUAGGGAAUAGGGUGCCAUUUGUAAUACAACACUAGUGAGGGUAAAGUUGCCCUUUUAUUAUGGUCAAGUGUUGCGAUGCUCUCUAGUACAACUGGUGAAGUGAACAGUGCAUUUGAUAAAUAAAAACAUUGGUUGGUUGCAUCAAAAGCAUUACAGCAACAUGGGCUUCCUUGAAUUGCAAAUUAGCAUCUUAUACUGAAUCAUAUGGUCUGGUCUGUGUACUCUGGUGGAACUGUAGUGUUAGGUUAUAGUAGUAGGGUGGUAUAUCAUGUAGAACUGUUCAUCCAUGCCUCGUGUUUUGCAUGGCAAGCCGUUUACUAGGCGAGGAGAGAAUAUUUUUUCCACCUUAAUACAGUUUUAUGUCUUUGGAAUGGAGAAAUGUUAGUCAAUUAUGCUUUUUCACAUCAAUUUAACAGCUAGUCUCAUUGAACUUGGCGUUAAUUAAUUUGUGUUCAUGAGAGGGAAAACAUUUUGGCACAGGCUACAUUUAAUUUGAAAGCCUUACAUUUACAUUUUAGUCAUUUCCAGAGCGACUUACAAUUAGUGCAUUCAUCUUAAGAAAGUUUGGUGAGACAACGACAUAUCAGUCAUAACUACUUUAUGGAGGGAUAAAGUAGUUCCUAUCAGCAAAUUCAAUACUUUUGUAUUUCCCCAAAAAAAUAGUGUGGAGGGGGUUGCCAUUGUUAACUUAAAAUUACACAAUGACUAGGCUCCAGUUUAAUAGUCGCCAUCACACUCCGGCCAGGUCCAUCUCCCGUGAGACUACUGCACAGGCGUAGUAAUAACAACGUGAUAGCACCGUAAAAACAGAAAUAUAGGGAUACUUAAAACAUGAAUUUAACAGCCGUGGGAUUCAUUUAAGAUGCUCUUUGAAGUGGUAGGGUUUCAGACGUUUUCAGAAGAUGGGCAGGGGCUCUGCUGUCCUAGCUUCAGGGUAGGGCUUGGCGAUAUGUCCAAAAUAUCAUAUCAUAUUUCUUUCUCAUUUAUGAGGGUAUUUUAUGUUUCUGGAUAAUAAAAGUUCCAGAUAUGCUUCAUAAGUAGUGCAUGACCCUAGGGUGGCAACAAAUACAUUCUAUGUGCUUUUAGUGGGGCAUUCUCUCUUCUGAUUGUUUACAGUUCAGUGAAACUUCAACCAAAAAUCAUUUUUAUACAUUUCUGCAUUUCCUUCACACAUUUAUAAUUUUCACACUGUACCACAUUUGUUUUGUCUUUGUAUGCCUCUAUUCUCCUAUUGCUAGGUUUCCAUCCAUUUGGCGACAGAUUUUCAUGCGAAUAUUACAAAAUCUGCAUAAAAACAAUAUGCGCAUUUUCCCACCAGAUAUGUUUCCAUCAAAUGGACAUGUUGCCGACAAAAGUGUGUGAUGACGUAGUGCACAUAAAAAUAACUUUUGCUGUUGAAUUCCCAUGCAUUUUCAACUCUACUGAUGGUUUUGUCACAAAAUACAGUGGGGGAAAAAAGUAUUUAGUUAGCCACCAAUUGUGCAAGUUCUCCCACUUAAAAAGAUGAGAGAGGCCUGUAAUUUUCAUCAUAGGUACACGUCAACUAUGACAGACAAAUUGAGGGAAAAAAAUCCAGAAAAUCACAUUGUAGGAUUUUUUAUGAAUUUAUUUGCAAAUGAUGGUGGAAAAUAAGUAUUUGGUCACCUACAAACAAGCAAGAUUUCUGGCUCUCACAGACCUGUAACUUCUUCUUUAAGAGGCUCCUCUGUCCUCUACUCGUUACCUGUAUUAAUGGCACCUGUUUGAACUUGUUAUCAGUAUGAAAGACACCUGUCCACAACCUCAAACAGUCACACUCCAAACUCUACUAUGGCCAAGACCAAAGAGCUGUUAAAGGACACCAGAAACAAAAUUGUAGACCUGCACCAGGCUCGGAAGACUGAAUCUGCAAUAGGUAAGCAGCUUGGUUUGAAGAAAUCAACUGUGGGAGCAAUUAUUAGGAAAUGGAAGACAUACAAGACCACUGAUAAUCUCCCUCGAUCUGGGGCUCCACGCAAGAUCUCACCCCGUGGGGUCAAAAUGAUCACAAGAACGGUGAGCAAAAAUCCCAGAACCACACGGGGGGACCUAGUGAAUGACCUGCAGAGAGCUGAGACCAAAGUAACAAAGCCUACCAUCAGUAACACACUACGCCGCCAGGGACUCAAAUCCUGCAGUGCCAGACGUGUCCCCCUGCUUAAGCCAGUACAUGUCCAGGCCCGUCUGAAGUUUGCUAGAGUGCAUUUGGAUGAUCCAGAAGAGGAUUGGGAGAAUGUCAUAUGGUCAGAUGAAACCAAAAUAUAACUUUUUGGUAAAAACUCAACUCGUCGUGUUUGGAGGACAAAGAAUGCUGAGUUGCAUCCAAAGAACACCAUACCUACUGUGAAGCAUGGGAGUGGAAACAUGCUUUGGGGCUGUUUUUCUGCAAAGGGACCAGGACGACUGAUCCGUGUAAAGGAAAAAAUGAAUGGGGCCAUGUAUCGUGAGAUUUUGAGUGAAAACCUCCUUCCAUCAGCAAGGGCAUUGAAGAUGAAACGUGGCUGGGUCUUUCAGCAUGACAAUGAUCCCAAACACACCGCCCGGGCAACGAAGGAGUGGCUUCGUAAGAAGCAUUUCAAGGUCCUGGAGUGGCCUAGCCAGUCUCCAGAUCUCAACCCCAUAGAAAAUCUUUGGAGGGAGUUGAAAGUCCGUGUUGCCCAGCGACAGCCCCAAAACAUCACUGCUCUAGAGGAGAUCUGCAUGGAGGAAUGGGCCAAAAUACCAGCAACAGUGUGUGAAAACCUUGUGAAGACUUACAGAAAACGUUUGACCUGUGUCAUUGCCAACAAAGGGUAUAUAACAAAGUAUUGAGAAACUUUUGUUAUUGACCAAAUACUUAUUUUCCACCAUCAUUUGCAAAUAAAUUCAUUAAAAAUCCUACAAUGUGAUUUUCUGGAUUUUUUUCUUCUUCUCAUUUUGUCUGUCAUAGUUGACGUGUACCUAUGAUGAACAUUACAGGCCUCUCAUCUUUUUAAGUGGGAGAACUUGCACAAUUGGUGGCUGACUAAGUACUUUUUUUCCCCACUGUAAAAUGUGUUUAUAUAGCGAAUGUGUGCCCACUCUGGCAUGUGCACUCUAGCCAACAGCUCGUGUAUAUACAGUGCGGGUAUAGCUUACAUCAUGAUAUUAUUAUGGACAAAAGAGCAAGAUUUAUUUGUAUUUGUCAAACGGCAGCCAAGCUUCGAUUAUCAUGUCACCAGAAUAAGACCCUCGAUAUUUAUUGGAAAGGAGCAUCAAGCUCAUCACCUUGCACUUUCACCACCCUGUGAAGUUCAUCAUAACUUAUUUCAUCUGUAGCCUAAUAAACUGCAUGCUUUCCGAGUCAUAGUAGGAGAGGACCACAGAUGUCAUCACGUGACUCCAGGGUUACUUCAAUAUGAUGGUUAUUAUAUCAAUAUUUGCGCAUAAAAGCAUUUCCACCGCCAUUUCUCGCAUAAUUUAUUUUACAGACACAAAAAGAUCCAUCCUUGUCUAGUGUAUUUUGUUUUGUCGACAUUUGCAAAGUUUACUGACAAGCAGGAGUGGAGAAGUAUGAUGUAUUUAUUUCAGCCUUGAGAGAAUGAAUGCGCGGUUUGGGACUGUCUGUAAAGGUGGCAGUGCUAUCUUUAUCAGCAUCAUAAAAGCUUAUAAAAAAUAUGUUGGGUCAUUUUAACAGAUUUGUAUUUUCUUAUAACCGGUCAAAACUGAUGUAAUUUGGAAAUCUGUCCCAUUUUUUUGGGGGGGGGGGCUAUUGCAUUUUCUCCCUGGUCCCUAAACGUCUUUGCUGCGUGAGAGAAGCAGAGAUGAAAGAGGAAAGUGAAAACAAACUACCGAUAUCAACUAGAUUCUAUCGAUUUAUGACAUUAUUCUGGUGAGCAAGGGUUUGUUUAGUCUUCUACGGCAACAAGUAAUGACAGAAGAAAAGCGGCAUGUUUCUAAUAAUAGACAACUUUAUAAAAAAAUAGCCUACCAAAAUGUUGGAAAUUAUAAGCAGAAUCUAAAAAGACCUGUCAAAAAAAGCUAACAAACAGCUGACCUGCGCGGCACUAAUGUGCGCACCCGAAGCUCUUGCUAGCAAAUUAGCAGUCUCAGUUAUUCAAUUGAUAUUAUCUUUAACAAACCAAACAUUGAAAUACUGUUAUGUAAGGUAAAGUAAAAAUCCAAACAGGUCCGUGCAUCAAUACCGGUAUAUAAUAAAAUAUGGUUUACCACCCAGCCCUACUUCAGGGGGAAGCUGGUUCCACAAUUGGGGCGCCAGGACAGAGAAGAGCUUUGACUGGGCUGAGCGGGAGCUGACCCCUGUAGGGGUGGGACGGCCAAGAGACCAGAGGUGACAGAACGGAGUGCUCAGGUUGGGGUGUAAGGCUUUGAGCUUAGCCUGAAGAUAGGGAGGGUCAGUUCCCCUUGCUGCUCCAUAGGCAAGCACCAUGGUCUUGUAGUAUGUGAGCUUCGACUGGAAGCCAGUCAUGCACCAGAUGUGGAUUUCUGGUUGGCCGAGGAAUGAGUUGCCUUGCUCUGGGUUUGUGUUCAAAAACUGUCUCCGAGUAGGAUUGCUGAUCUAGGAUUAGGUCCUCCCUGUCCAUAAUCUCAUUCAUUAUAAAAAGACUAAACUGAUCCUAGAUCAGCACUCGUACUUUGAGGCCCUGGUUAUUUUAAGAGCUCUUUUAGGCUAGUGUGUGCAUGUGUCAUUUGUCGCUGAAUGAGCAGAUUAUAAUCAUCGGAGCAGCGGAGCUCUUAAAUCUGCAGUGCCACUCUAUUGAUGCAUCCCAAAUGGCACCCUAUUCCCGAUAUAGUGCACUACUCUUUGGCACUAUAUAGGGAAAAUGGUGCCAUUUGGGACCCAUACUAUGUCCUGGGGGCUUCAUUUACCUUGCAUCUCAUCCACAGUGCCACUGCUGCUAAUUUUGGUUCCAUACAGACUGCAGAGAAUAGAGAAUAGCAGCUGGAGAAUAUAAAUAGUACAGUCUUUUCAAAGCAUUAUAUAUUUUGUUAGCAUUCUGCUAACUACCGUCUGUUCUAGCCAGGGGACUCUGAAUAAGGUCUGUUUUGAAGUGUGUCCCUUUCAAUAGAUCACAUUCUGAGUUGGGACAUAUUCGUAACCUGGAUAGAGAGAGAGAAAGAGACCGAGAGAGCAAUUUGGUUCCAUUGUGGAAAACCAGAGGUGAAUGAAAGGAGUUGUAAAUGUACAGUACUGGUGUGUUACAAAUGGCAUCCUAUUCCAACUAGACCCAUUUCCCGGCCGUGUCAUGAGAAGUUGUGAGCGCAGUUCGGAAUCAAAAAGCUCUGUUUACCUAGCAGUGGAUACGAUCACGUUCAACUUCAAAUGCAACUCAUUCAAGUUAACAAACAUGUAAUCAGAUACCACAUCACAGAUGUCAUCAGAGGAUUGAUUACCUACUGUAGCAAGCCAGCCAGGCAAGGUAAAAUAUCACAAAUAGAGAUCUUGUGUGUUUUUAUGGUAAUCUCUCACUCACUGUUUGUCAAGGUCACGACUUAAGCGUUAGCUAUCCUGCUACAUAGGUUUUUGGUACGGGGAUGCGCGCGCAUCCCUCAAAUGUGACGUUUGCUUGUAAACAAAAUAAUUGCUAUAUGAUGCACUACUUUUGACCAGGGCCCUUUUGGGUGUUAUUUCAGACACAAUCACAGUCUAUUUGCCCUUCAUUCUUCCCCCUCUUCUCCCUGGCUGCAGCACAUAGUUAAGUGUCAUGGCAGCACUCUGCUACCCCAGUUCCUGGGGAUGUACCGUGUGGGUGUGGAGAAUGAGGAGACCUACCUAAUCAUCAUGAGGAACAUGUUCAGCCACAGACUGGUGGUGCACAGGAAGUACGACCUUAAGGUGAGACUGAGAGAAAAAUACACACACACACAGUACAAUAUCAAGAUGAGAGAGAUGGACACACACCUAGGGUUGCAAAAUUCUGGUAACUUUCCAAAAAUUCCCAGGUUUUUAGAAAUCCUGAUUGGAGGAUUUCUUUCUGGAAAACCUGGGCAUUUUGGGAAAGUUACCAGAAGUUUGCAACUCUAGUCACCUGUUGUAUAAUGCUUGUACACCUGUAGUGUUCUGUAAUGCUUGUUCCAUAAGCUACUUCAUGAUUUACACUCAUAUAAUCCCUGACCUUGCCUAUUAAACUCUAAUCUUAUUGCUACUCAGGGCUCUCUGGUGUCUCGUGAAGCAAGUGGCAAAGAGCGGGUAAGGCGACUAAGAAUGUGUAUCUCACCCAACCAACCAUACAUGUGCCUUUCUUAAGGACUAGUCCUAUUAGCCACCCACAGUAGUGUUGCACAGUAUACCGAAAGUUCUGAACUUUUUAGAUCCUAGAACAUUAAAAAACGGUUUGGUACUAGAAUUUUUCAUACUUUCGGUACUUCUAUCAUAUGCGUCUCACGUCGUCUACUGAUUGAGAGAGGAUCAAGUCUAUAGGCGAUGUCCCCUUAUAGCACGAGCACACCGUGCCUGCUGCAGUUAUCCACUGCUAGCUCUAGCAUGUCCUGAGGAACCACUGCACUCACUGGGAGUCAGGGCUAUAUCAUGUUAGCUCCCCACUCAUGCUGUACAGACGCAAACACACUUCAAUAAUGAGACACGGCAUGUAGAAAUGUUACAACUGUUAAUUACUGUUCGCAAAACAAUGUCCUUUACAGACUAGAACACUUUACAAUGCAAGAACAGAAGAUACCGGUAGCAUCCAACUUUCCUUGCUAGCUUACAGAUGACGCUAACAUCAAAUCACAACCCUAGUACUUUGAUACCAUAAUGCAAAAUAUGCUGAUUUCAAAGCUGAUUGUCACCAUAAAAACAUAGUCAUUAACCAGGUUUCCAUCCAACCUUUUUAUGUCCACAAAACAAAAUACGCUAGACAAGGUGGGAUCUUUUUGUGUUGGUAAAAUUAAUAAUGGGAGAAAUGUUGGUGGAAAUGCUUUUAUGCACAAAUAUUGAUAUAAUAACCAUAAUAUCGAAGUAAACUUGGAGUCACGUGAUAACAUGUUCUGUGGUCCUCCCUCUACGACUCGUCGGGAAAGCAUGCAGUUUAUUAGGCUACAGAUGAACUAAAUUAUGAUGAACUUCACAGGGUGGUGGAAGUGAUGAGCUUGAUGCCCCUUUCCAAUAAAUAUCAAGGGUCUUAUUUUGGUGACAUGAUAAUCGAUGCUUGGCUGCCAUUUGGCAAAUAAAAAUCUCACUCUUUUGUACCUAAUCAUAAUCUCAUCAUGUAGGCUAUAUACGUGCUCUCAAGUCAACAGUGUGCAGAUAGCGCUGUUGGCUAGAGCGCAUGGGCCAAUACCAGAGUGGGCCCACUCGCUAUAUAAAACAGAAAUGUUUUGUGAGAGAACCAUCAGUAGAGUUGAAAAUGCGAUGGAAACCCAUUUAACCGCCAAAGGUAUUUUUAUGUGCACUAUGUCAUCACGUAGAGCCUUUUAUCUGCAACAAGUCAAUUUGAUGGUGGGAAAAUUUGCAAAUUGUUUUUAAUGCAGAUUUGAGAAUAUUCACAUGAAGAUCUGUCGCCAAUUGGAUGGAAACCUCGCUAUUGCCAAAAACUUUAUUAAUUCACUUCGUCUCCCUCGCCUCAGUCACAUCUCUCCUUCUCACUGUGGGUGUGAAUGAUGUCAUUAGGUCCUACAGAAGGUGCACACUGUGAUAAAAGAAGACAUUGCUUCUUCUAUGUAAAUGUUGAUUCAUCUGUAUCCCCAUGAAAUCAGCCAAAACAUGCUCAAAAAGUCAACGCAUGCACACACUCUUAUUGAAUAUGCAUUCAUCUGUAUUGUGAAUAGGCCUAGGCUACAUCUUGAUUUACCUGGUUUAUCAAUAGAUUUAGCAUUCAAAUAAAUGAUUACCAUUAUGUUAUAUUGGUAAAAACUAAGUCAAAUUGAUUGUAUGAUUCAAUUAAUUCAUUAAUUACAGUGUUUCCCAAACUCUGUCCUCGGGACCCCAACGGGUGCACGUUUUGGUUUUUGCACUAACACUACACAGCUGAUUCAAAUGAUCAAAGCUUGGUGAUUAGUUGAUUAUUUGAAUUAGCUAUGUAGUGCUAGAGCAAAAACCAAAAUUGGGUCCUGAGGACAGAGUUUGGGGAAACUCUGCAUUAAUGCAUACAUGGAAAAAUUUACAUCAAACAUUUCAAAUGUAAUGAUAUUGAACUCAAAAGAUCAGUCUGGAUCAAGUGCCAUUCUGUGACUUUGGCUAAUACACCUUUAUUUAUGGUAUCAUUUUGGUAUCGAGUAUCGUGAUGGUAUUGAGUAUCGUGAUACUAAACCUGGUAUUGGUAUUGAAGUCAAAAUUCUGGUAUCGUGACACUAACCUACAGUACAUGUGACCCACCACCUUGAUUCUGUCCUAUGUAGCAAAAUUUGAAAUUAUGUUUUUUACAUUGGAUAAAAGUAAAGACUCUGAGCUAGAAAAUUGUAUAUCAUCAGUUGAGGAACAAUGGGGUUGAUUAAACUGUUGAUAAACUUGUAACCCCACUUUUGAGAAAAUGGCCCGUGAAUGUUUUGGUACACCAACUGGAUAGCUCUUCUUUGUCUACACCCAUUCAGCAUUGUUCACACCCUCUUAAGCAAUAGCCCCACCCAUCUCUUUAAGGAUUCACAUGUGAGGCCAUGUGCUAAACAGAGUGAGUAAGGUAGUGUAGUAAACAACCAAAGAUUAUGACUAAAAGUGGUGAAAGUAGUAGCAAAAAGUAGUUGUGAAAAUACACUAUCUAGUCCUUGGCCUAUAUCCUAAUCUGAUUUUGGUGCAGGUCAUAUUGUUCUUCACAUUACCGUCUCUGGUAAACACACUAUAUCAACUAAAAUCCACAUUUAUUUGUCACAUGCACAGGAUACAGAAGGUGUAAACUGUACAGUGAAAUGGUUACUUGCAUAGUGGAGUCUUUUGUUUAGACCCAUAAUCCCAACCCGUACUACCAUGCAUGAAUCUGCAGGUAGCUAAAGCUAACCAACUAGGUUCAAUGUUAGCUAGCGAGCUAACAUUAGGCUAAAACAGUACAAAUGGCUUUCUGAGGUACAAAUAAUAUUACUACAUAGCUCAUACAGGUAGCCUAAACACCCAGGGUUCGCACAAGGUGCUUGAGGUGCUCAAAGUAUUUGAAUUUGGCACUCUGAAAUUCUAGUACUGGAAUACCUUGAAAAUCAGACAUUUCCUCAAGUUGGUACUUGAAAAGUACUUGGAUUAAAAUGAGAGGAGAACAGAAAAUGAUCAAAUAUGCCUACCUCUGCGAAUGAGUGGAAUCAUGAAUGAUUCAUGCGUGCUUGUUAUGUUCGCCUGCGCCCUCGGAUUUGCCUUGUUAGCAGUGCAUUAAUUCACUCUGUCCAACAGGAAACUCAGCCCACGACAUAGGCCGAGAGGUGAAAUUAACUACCUCAGCCCAGACCUAUAGUGGCAAGUGGCAGAGAGACGCUGCUGACAGUGUCAACAGACAUCCCCCAAACAAAAAACCCUUGACUCUCGGAGAAUAAGUGUACAACUGGUAAAUAGACGCUGAUAUUUCAGUCAGAUGUCUAGCUAUCUAGGUAGCUCAAGGGCUCUGGCUGUUAGCCAGGUAGCUAGCUAUAACUAGCUGCCUAGAAGGAUGAAGUUAAAAGCUAACGUUGAACGGAGCCUGACCUCAGCAGGAGCAGUAGACUUAAAUUAAGCUAGCUAUAAUCAAAAGAUGGGCUGCUAUAACUUCUCAUAACAUAAUACAUUUUCUUUACAGAGAGUAGUGAGACAGACAGUGGUGAGUCAGGCUGGAAAGGAGAUACACAGAGAGAGGUAGCAUUGAUACAAGCAGGGAGAGAGGUUAGUAGUGCAGUGGUUCCCAAACUUGGGGUCGGGUCCCCUAAAAUUUAAAUAUACUGAACUAAAAUAUAAACGCAACAUGCAACAAUUUCAAAGAUUUUACUGAGUUACAGUUCAUAUAACGAAAUCAGUCAAUUGAAAUUUAAUAGACCCUAACAUAUGGAUUUUACAUGACUGGGAAUACAGAUAUACAUCUGGGCCUCAGGAUCUCAUCACAGUAUCUCUGUGCAUUGAAAAUGCCAUCGAUAAAAUGCAAUUAUGUUCAUUGUCCGUAACUUAUGCCUGCCCAUACCAUAACAGCACCGCCACCUUGGGGAACUCUGUUCACAACGCUGACAUCAGCAAACCGCUCGCUCACACGAUGCCAUACACGUGGUCUACGGUUUCUAGGCCGGUUGGACGUACUGCCAAAUUCUCUAAAACGACAUUGGAGGCAGCUUAUGGUAGAGAAAUUAACAUUCAGUUCUCUGGCAACAGCUCUGGUGGAUAUUCCUGCAGUCACCAUGCGAAUUGCACACCCCCUCAAAACUUGAGACAUCUGUGGGAUUGUGUUGUGUAACAGAAAUGCACUUUUUAGAGUAGCAUUUUAUUGUCCCCAGCACAAGGUGCAUCAGUGUAAUGAUCAUGCUGUUUCAUCAGCUUCUUGAUAUGCCACACCUGUCAGGUAGAUGGAUUAUCUUGGCAAAGGAGAAAUGCUCACUAACAGGGAUGUAAACAUAUUUGUGCACACAAUUUGAGAGAAAUAAGCUUCUUGUGCAUAUGGAACAUUUCAGGGAUCUUUUAUUUCAGCUCAAGAAACAUGGGACCAACACUUUACAUGUUGCAUUUAUAUUUUUGUUCAGUGUAGGUCCCCUGAGAGAAUCUUAUCAAACACAAUAAUAACUUAUUUCUCUUCAAAUGGGAAUAGAAUACAUUUACAUUUUAGUCAUUUAGCAGACGCUCUUAUCCAGAGCGACUUACAGUUAGUGAGUGCAUACAUUAUAAUUUUUUUCAUACUGUCCCCCCAUGGGAAUCAAACCCACAAUAAUACAACAUUUUAGAGUAAACUACACUGUUAGAAUUCACUUAUGUCAUUAUGUGUUGGGACAGCCUGUGGGACCUAAACAUUUGUGAAAUAUAAAGACAAUUUAGAUAUAAGACAAUUUCAUAUUAUUAUCAUGUACACUGAACAAAAAUAUAAACUCAACAUUCAACAAUUUCAAAGACUUUACUGAGUUACAGUUCAUAUAAGGUAAUAAGUCAACAUCAUCAGAACGUAAAACAAAAGUCAUUAACCGGUUCACAUGCUUCUAAAAUAACGGUUCUAUUCCGGAACAGUAUGGAUCACUUCCAUUCCCGGUUCUGAUUCUGUUCUUUGAAAAAUGUAUUUAUUUUUUGGUUCUGUUCCCUGAACCAGUUCCAACCCCUGGUUCUACCUGAUAAUUAAUUGCACCCACUUGGUGUCCCAGGUCUAAAUCAGUCCCUAAUUAGAGGGGAAGAACAAAAAAAUGCAGUGGAACUGGCUUCGAGGUCCAGAGUUGAGUUUUAGGGGCCUAUUUCCUCCAUAUAAUCAUGAAUCAGUUCACUUGACUUGCUUGGGAAAGUUCUCAUGCGUCUGUUUCAAUGUUUCAUAACGGUCCCUCAGGUGAAAGAGCUGCCCACCUACAAGGACAUGGACUUCAGAAACAACAUGCAGAAGGUGUACGUGAACGAGGAGCAGAAGGAGAAGGUCAUGGAGAAACUCAACAGAGAUGUGGAGGUAAGGUGACCUCCACAGAUUUAGAACUAGAAUUCAGUCUAUUUCUAUGUUGACCUCUUCAGUUCUAGAACCUGCCCUCCUAUUCUAUUGAGUCUACCACAAGGUGGCAGUAGAAACAUUCUAGCUGUUUGUUACCAUUAUACCACCAUCUCCAUCCAUAGUAAUCGUUUGUGUGUGUCCUGUUCUGUAGUUUCUGGUCAAGCUAAAGAUCAUGGACUACAGCCUGCUCCUGGGUAUCCAUGACUUGGGGCGGGCUGAGCGGGAGGAGGAGGAGGGAGAGGAGCCCUCCAAUGAGGAGGAUGGGGAGACUGAGAAUGACUUGACGCAGGCCCCUAACGUGGGCUCCUACGGAACGUCUCCUGAGGGCAUCGCUGGCUAUAUGGCCUCCUGCAAGCCCCUGGGGCCCGGGGAGUUUGACCCCUAUGUGGAUGUGUAUGCCAUAAAGAGUGCCCCUGGUAGGUUCAAGGGAAAGUUGGGAAAUUACAGGGUUGGGUCAAGUCAAUAAUUUUAAGCAAUUGGAUUCUCAAUUUACCUACUGAAUUUUUAAUGAUUUUUAAAUGGAAUUGACUCCAAUCCUGGAUUUACAGUUACACUGCGAUUUGGGUCAUUUGGGGUUUUAAGCAGUGACUUUAUUCAGCAUCUGGUCUGUUUUCCCUCCUCAGGAGCCCCUCAGAGGGAGGUGUACUUCAUGGGUCUGAUAGACGUUCUGACACAUUACGACACCAAGAAGAAAGCUGCUCACGCAGCCAAAACUGUCAAGCAUGGGGUGAGUGAAAAGGGCGAAGGGAAGAGGGUUAGGGUCUGUCCUAUUAAACAUAAUUUAGAUUCAGAAUGCUAAGGAUAUAUUGGAAAAUUAGCUUUUCAUUUAGCAACACCUUUCAUUCGCCUUAUGAUGUAAGAUACGAUGAGAUACUCGCGGUAAUGCAUACUGUGCAUUACCGCUUUUUCUAACAUCAGUCCCUAUUAAUCAAUAAUUGAAAGUGACCUAUUCCCAAUGCAAUUUCUUGUUUUCCAUGGUUUCGAUGUUGUGCUGAUCACAUCUCUGGGAUUAAAGAGGGUUAAGGGUCUCCCAUUAGAAAACAGUGCCUUCAGAAAGUAUUUACAUCCCUUGAAUUUUUACAUAUUCUGAAAUGUUUACUGAUUUAAAAUGAAAAGCUGAGUCAAUAAGUAUUCAAUCCCUUUGUUAUGGCAAAAUAAAAUUGCUUAACAACAUGAUCUCUGUACCCCACACAUACAAUUAUCUGUAAGUUCCCUCAGUCAAGCAGAGAAUUUCAAACACAAAGACCAGAGAGGUUUUCCAAUGCCUCGCGAAGAAGGGUACCUAUUGGUAGAUGGGUAAAAAAAAAAAGCUGACAUUGAAUAUCCCUUUGAGGAUGGUGAAGUUAUUAAUUACAGUUUGGAUGGUGUAUCAAUACACCCAGUCACUACAAAGAUACAGACAUCCUUCCUAUCUCGGUUGCCGGAGAGGAAGGAAGCCGCUCAGGGAUUUCACCAUGAGGCCAAUGGUGACUUUAUAACAGGUACAGAGUUUAAUGGCUGUGAUAGGAGAAAAAUGAGGAUGGAUCAACAACAUUGUAUACUGAACAAAAAUAUAAAUGCAACAUGCAACAAUUUCAAAGAUUUUACUGAGUUAUAGUUCAUAUAAGGAAAUCAGUCAAUUGAAAUAAAUUCAUUAGGUCCUAAUCUAUGGAUUUCACAUGACUGGGAAUACAGCUAUUCAUCUGUUGGUCACAGAUACCUUUAAAAAAAAAGGUAGGGGCGUGGAUCAGAAAACCAGUCGGUAUCUGUUGUGACCACCAUUUACCUCAUCUCCUUCGCAUAGAGUUGAUCAGGCGGUUGAAUGUUGUCCCACUCCUCUUCAAUGGCUGUGCGAAGUUGCUGGAUAUUGAUGGGAACUGCAACACGCUAUCGUACAUGUAAAUCCAGAGCAUCCCAAACAUGCUCAAUGGGUGGCUUGUCUGGUGAGUAUGCAGGCCAUGGAAGAACUGGGACACUUUCAGCUUCCAGGAAUUGUGUACAGAUCCUUGCGACAUGGGGCCAUGCAUUAUCAUGCUGAAACAUGAGGUGAUGGAUGAAUGGCACAACAAUGGGCCUCAGGAUCUCGUCACGGUAUCUCUGUGCAUUCAAAUUGCUAUCGAUAAAAUGCAAUUUUGUUCGUUGUCCGUAGCUUAUGCCUGCCCAUACCAUAACCUGACCGCCACCAUGGGGCACUCUGUUCGCAACGUUGACAUCAGCAAACCGCUCGCCCACACGACGCCAUACACGUGGUCUGCGGUUGUGAGGCUGGUUGGGACGUACUGCCAAAUUCUCUAAAACGACGUUGGAGGCGGUUUAUGGUAGAGAAAUUAACAUGAAUUUCUCUGGCAAAAGCUCUGGUGGACAUUCCUGCAGUCAGCAUGCCAAUUGUACGCUCCCUCAAAACUUGAGACGUCUGUGGCAUUGUGUUGUGUGUCAAAACUGCACAUUUUAGAGGGGCUUUUAUUGUCCCCAGUACAAGGUGCACCUGUGUAAUGAUCAUGCUGUUUAAUCAGCUUCUUGAUAUGCCACACCUGUCAGGUGGAUGGAUUAUCUUGACAAAUGAGAAAUGCUCACUAACAGGGAUGCAAAAUAAAUUAAAUAAAUACGCUUUUUGUGCAAAUGGAACAUUUCUGGGAUCUUUCAUUUCAGCUCAUGAAACAAUGGACCAACGCUUUAUGUUGCGUUUAUAUUUUUGUUCAGUGUAGUUACUCCACAAUACUAACUUAAUUGACAGAAUAAAUAAAAAAAGGAAGUAUAUUCCAAACCAUGCAUCCUGUUUGCAACAAGGCACUAAAGUAAUACUGCAAGAAAUGUGGCAAAGCAAUUAACUUUUUGUCCUGAAUACACAGCCUCGUCUCAUAAACUAGACGUAACAUAGUAAAUAUAAAUCCGAGACACUCAAAGUAGUAUGUUACAUGGUAUGGUUACAUAAGACAAAUGGUAACUUAAGGCAAAAACUAAAGUAGGGUGGUUUGUCGAGAUGGAUGGAUGGGUGGGCGUAUAACGCGAACCCAAAGGUUGCGAGUUUGAAUGUCAUCACGGACAACUUUAGCAUUUUAGCAACUUUUCAACUACUUACUACUUUUUAGUUACUUUGUAACUACUUAGCAUUUUAGCUAACCCUAACCUUUAACCUAACUCCUAAACUUAAUCCUAACCUCUAGCCUAGCUAACGUAGCCACCUAGCUAGAAUUUGUAACAUAUCAUAGGGUUUGAAAAUCCGUAACAUAUUGUACGUUUUGCAAUUCGUAACAUAUAAUACAAAUUGUAAUUCGUAAAAUAUCAUACGAAAUAAGUGAUGGACAUUCACAAAUUUAAUACAUACCAUACGAAACAUAACAUAUCAUACUAAGUGGAGUGUAUUGGAUUUACAUACAGAAUAAUAUGAAAUGCUCUGAGACCAGGUUGGAAUACAAAGUGUUAUGUUUGGGGCAAACCUAAUACAACACAUUACUGAGUAGCACUCUCCAUAUUUUCAAGCAUAGUUGUGGCUGCAUCAUGUUAUGGUAUGCUUGCAAUCGUUAAGGACUCUGGAGUUUUUCAGGAUAAGAAAGAAAUGGAAUGGAGCUAAGCACUGGGAGAUGAAUUCACCUUUCAGCAGGAUAAUAACCUAAAACACAAAGCAAAAUCUUUACUGGAGUUGCUUACCAAGAAGACGGUGAAUGUUCCUGAGUGACCGAGUUACAGUUUUGACUUAAAUCUUCUUGAAAAUCUAUGGCAAGACCUGAAAAUGGUUGAUCAACAACCACUUUGACAGUGCUUGAAGAAUUUUCAAAAGAAUAAUGGGCAAAUGUUGCACAAUCAAGAUGUGGAAAGCUCUUAGAGACUUACCCAUAGAGACUCAGCUAUAAGCGCUGCCAAAGGGGAUUAUAAAAUGUGUUGAUUCAGGGGUGUGAAUACUUAUGUGAUAUAUUUUUCAAUUUCAAUACAUGUUCAAUAAUGUCUAAAAACAUGUUUUCACUUUGUCAUUAUGGGGUAUUGUGUGUAGAUGGGUGAGAUUUUUUGUUGUUGAUUUAAUCCAUUUUGAAUUCAGGCUGUAACAACAAAAUCUGGAAUAAGUCAAGGGGUAUGAAUACUUUCUGAAGGCGCUGUAUCUUAUUUGUUAAACUAUAACUGGAAAAUUAGCAUUUAAUUGAUACUUUUCAUUCCCAUUAUAUGAGAUGCUCAUUCUGACGUGUACCCUUCUCUAUACCUCUGUCUUCAGGCUGGUGCUGAAAUCUCCACUGUCCACCCAGAACAGUAUGCCAAGCGAUUUCGGGAUUUCAUCUCCAACAUCUUUGCAUAGCAGGACAUUAUAACCACCACCGGUACAACCAACCUUUUCCCAUUUAGAAUGGAUGGUUUUUAUGGUUCUUUCUCUUUUACUUUUGUUCUGGGACUUUCUGCCUUUUUUUUUUUAUGUACAUUUAUAUCAUGAAACAUUGACCCCAAAAAGGCAAACACACAGAUCAUGUUAGUUUGAUCUCACACCUGACUGUUUCCAUUGUUGUAAUGUAUUACUGAUACAUAUUUAUUUUUAGAUUUAUAAGAUGAAUGUGAUUCCAUAUUGAUAAGCACUCUGACUGACUUUGUAGCAAAAGGGUACUUAGGCUAAUACUGCUGCUUGUGUCCUCAUAGAGAUGUUACACUGAAAAGGAUUGAUUAGACUUAAAGGGACAACCUGGGAUUGAUACAUGGACCACUUUGUUGUUGUAUGAGUCCCAGAUUGCCCCUUUAACCCAGUCAGUUGAAAUCCUGGGUUGUGUCCAUUAGGCACCAAACAGAAGGAAACUGAGUGAAACUGGGAGGUGCAGUACUACCAAUGACUAGGUACUAACUACCUGAACUUGUCCAAUAAG